AGGUCGAAAGAGAGAGAGAGAGGGGUUCAGAGAGAGAGAGAGAGAGGAAGUCGCGUAGAGAGAGAGAGAGAGACAGAGAGACAGAGAGGAAUUUUGAAUCGUUAAAAUUGAUGGUCGGAGGGAUACAGUGAUGGCCACAGACCAAGAGAUAUCGCAGGCUCUCCAAUCCCUCCUCAGAGACUCCAGCCCCAAUAAACCCAACGGUCCGACCCUGAACUCCUUCAAAGACGUCGUCCAGCAGCUCCAGUCCCAGCUCGGCGUCGACCUCUCCCACAAGCUCGACUUCAUCCGCACCCAGAUCCACCUCCUCUUCCAGACCCCUCCUCCUCCGCCGCCGCAGCACGUGGCGGCUCCGACCCUCGCUCCGAAGGACCACUUCGUCCUCCACCACCCGCAGCAACCCCCCAACUUCCAUCCCUCUCCCUCCGCUUUCCACUCCUUCCCUCCGGGCAGGCCCGACCUCCAUGCCCAGCAUCAUCCCCAUGUCCAUCAGGUCCAGCAAGUCUCGCUGCCGGCCAAGGAAAGCGCUCCAGCUAAAGGAAAAAGAAGAGGUGGCCCUGGGGGAUUAAACAAACUCUGCAAUGUUUCUCCAGAACUUCAGGCCAUUGUCGGUCAGCCGGCAAUGCCUAGAACUGAGAUCGUGAAGCAACUAUGGGCAUACAUAAGGAAGAACAAUCUCCAAGACCCAAAUAACAAGAGAAAGAUAAUUUGCAAUGAUGAGCUGCGUUUGGUGUUCGAAACAGAUUGCACUGACAUGUUCAAGAUGAACAAAUUACUAGCUAAGCACAUCAGCCCCAUGGAACCAACAAAAGCAUCAGAGUCAAAGAAGCUCAAGAUAGAUUCAGAUUCUGGAGUCAGAAGCAGUACUGAUUCUGGUCCUGAACCAUCAGUCAAAAUAUCUGAAGAACUGGCAAACUUUUUUGGGGUUAGCGAGCUAGUGAUGCUUCAGUCAGAAAUCACCAGACGGAUUUGGGAGUACAUAAAUGUCAACCAGCUGCAGGAUCCUCGAAAUACGAUGAUGAUUCACUGUGAUGCAAAGCUUCAAGAGCUUUUUGGAUGUGAAAGCAUUCAAACCCUUGGAAUACCUGAAGUUUUGGCACAGCGACACCUGAAGAGAAGAUCAUAGCUGAAUGCAUUGGCUGGGGUGCUUGUGGUUGCUGUACGUGCUGAAGUAGUUUCUAUGGAGUUUCUGCAAAUUAUUUUGUUUUAGAGAACGAUUUCAGUUCAGUAGUCUCUCUAUCUAUGUACAGGAUGAAAAUCUUUUGUCUGAAACGGCACAGAAAUCGUAGUCUCUGCUUUCCUGACAUGGCAUUUUAGGUUAGACCUAUCCUCGGGAAAUUCUAACCCUUGUAAAGUACAGUCGGAAGAACAUGAAUGUGUAAAAACUAUGACAUUUUUAUUUUGCAAGUAUGAAAUGUUGUUAUCUGUGCAA